AAGAUGGUGGCGUGUUAUUGGGGCUUUGUUAGCCGUGUUUAACUCUUCUGUUUCGAUGGUUCCUUUGCUCUCCAACAGGAACGAACCAUCAGAACCUCUCUGGGUCCGGAUGAAGUUCACAGAAUGGCUUUUGUGCCGUUCACCUGUUUUUAUUCCGUUAGCGUACACAACUACGGCAUUUAGCUUAGCUUGCUAGCCGCGUGACGUCAACAUGUCCUAAAUCCAAAUCAAAGCACAAAAAGCCUAAAUAGACUUUUGGAAACAAACGAGAUGGACCACAAACUGUCUAAAGUAUUUUUAAAAUCUGAAGAGUCACGGCAGAGAACAGACAUUCAGCAGCUCAACCCUCAAUUUGCACAGCAGGAGUGGACUCCAGAACACCCACACAUUAAAGAGGAGCAGGAAGAACUCUGGAUCAGUCAGCAAGAACAGCAUCAACAGCAAGAAGAGUCCGAUAUCACCAAGUUUCCGUUCACUCCUGUGAAAUUUGAAAAUGAAGAGAAACCAGAUUUCUCACAUCUUCAGCAAAGACAUUCUAAGAGCAGAGAAACAGAAUGUCCAACCAGGGGCUCAAGAGAACAGUUGAAAACAGAAGCUGAUGAAUACAACAAGGAAGGACCAGAACCAGCCAGUAACUCUGAUCACAUUCUUUAUUUACAACUAGAUACUGAUGACAAGGCGUCAGUGUUUGAUAAAAAUGGGAUUGAAGACAGUAAUGACAGUGAUUUUUGGAAGGAGACCAGAGAACGUCAGUCCAUAUCAAAUGAUGGAAACAGUAUUGAUGAGAAACCAUUUAGCUGCUCAAAGUGUGGCCAGAGAUUCAUGUAUAAGUACCAACUGGAGAGACACAUGAGAGAGACAAAAGAAAAACCAUUCAGUUGCCCUGAGUGUGUGCAAAGGUUUUGCUACAAGAAAAGUUGGAUGGAUCAUAUGAAAAUACAUACUGGAGGAAAACUAUUCAGCUGCUCAGAAUGCAGUAAAAGGUUUGUUUACAAUAAAAGUCUCACAGUGCAUUUGAGAAUUCACACAGGAGAGAAACCUUUCAACUGCUCUGAGUGUGAUCAAAGAUUUGUGUCCAAGGUCCACCUGAAGAGACACAUUAGACUUCAUACAGGAGAAAAACCAUUUUGUUGUCCAAUCUGUGGUAAAAGACUCACUGAAAGGUCCAUCUUAAAUAGACACAUGAGAAGUCAUACAGGAGAGAAACUAUUUGCUUGCUCAGUCUGUGCCAAAAGAUUCACUCAGAAGUCAGAACUAAUUAACCACAUGAGGAUUCACACAGGAGAAAAACCAUUUAGUUGUUCAAUCUGCUGUAAAAGAUUCACUCAAAGGUCACAUCUGACUAAACACAUGCGAACGCAUACAAGAGAGAAACCAUUCAGUUGUUCUGUUUGCAGUAAAACAUUCACCCGUACGUCACAUCUGACGAGACAUAUGAGAGGUCAUAAGUGGGAAAAAAACCACUGAGCUGAGCUGAAAAUUUACACAGCUGAAAAUUUACAUACAACGUCAGAAACUGUAUAACUGCUUUAAGUGUAGUUCAUGAUUUGAAAUCAAAAAGACUUAAAGCCGCUGGGCAGCAGCUCAGCUUGAAAAUGCGAGAUGAUUGUUGUGGGCCGCAGCAUCAAACCCAAUCACAAACUCUGUUUCAGAGUUUCUUUUUUUAAUGCCAUAUUUGAGUCAGAUAUGUCAGGAAUAUAGGUAGGUACAUGAGCAAAUUUCAUAAAUAUAGUGUUCAUCUGGUUUUGUUCCUCCCCUUGCUGUAAGUGUGGUUGGAAUAUGAGGUGGGUCGGUUGAUGACAGAAGAAUUUGUUGAAGAGAAACUACUUUGCAGCAGAUGAACAGAUAAAAAAAAAAAAAAAAAAACAUCCAAGAGGUCGAUGUACAUCUCUUCACCAGAGCAAAUAGUUUUCCACAAGAUCAGAAUCAGAAGAAGUUUAUUGCCAUUGCCAAUGAACAGGAUUCACAGACUAGGAAUUUGCUUUGAUAUAAGAUGUACACUUUAGGGAAACAUAGUAAGAAAACAGAGUUCAUGAUCCACAUGUAUCAGCACACACAUAGCCUUCCCUAUUUAACAGUUUAAUGCACACAUUGGGUGUUUGAAACAUGUUGAUGUUUAUGGGUGUUUUCAGCAUCAUGGAAAACUAAAACGUAUGUGUGUAUAUAGUGUGAAGAACCAGUGUUAC